AUGGUAUCUCCCAAGGCGUCUGACCCAGUACUGACUGAUGACAAUAAGAAGAGCAGUAUUAAGUCACAGCUUGAGUCCAACGCUGAUCACAAGACCAGACAUGAUGCAAAUGGUACUACUGGUGCUACUGGCGAUGACAGCAAGGAUGGUCCUACUAAUACAGUGCAUGGUAUUGUUGAGGAGGUCAAACAACAGCUCGAUAGCACUAAAUCUGACCGAAGUGCCAAAUCGUCGUUGGUGAUAGAGCCUUUGGUUAUCAUGAAGAUUAGCAAACAAGCUAAGUCUGCUGGUGUUAUAGAGGGAGGCCGAUUCUCUGGUGUGACUGAUAAGAGGGGUUACAUGAUUUUCAAGGGUCGUGUCUUAUACAGCUUCGAAUAG